AUGCUGAUGGGACUCUGCCUCGCUAGAUUCCGUUAUCGAAGUCUCCGAGGAUUGCUCUACCUUUCGCCGCCGGGGGUCGGCGGCGCGACUGGGCUGAUACUUCCGACUAUCGCGUCGGUCGCAGCUUUCCUCCCAGGCCUUGAGGACCGGGGUAUGCCUCCAUUCCUUGCCCUUCACGGCGGCCUUGGCAUCCUUCUCGGCGACCCGCAACGGGCGAGCUGGGCAAUCUCCGACCCCAAAGUGUACGGGUGGUUUAAAUCACGACACUCGCGCGCGCUCGUCAUCCACGGGAACUGGGCUCUGCAACGGAUUAGCCCCCUUCCCUUCUUCUGCGCUCUGCUGAUCGAGAGCCUGCAGAGCCUUGAGCCCAUCAUCGUCCUGCACCAUUUCUGCGGGCUGCACCCGCCGUCCGACCACCGCGACGGCGAAUUGGAAUGUCUCAGCACCAACGACGCCCAGGCGUUCAAGGGCUCCAUAUCGAACCUGACGCCGGACUUUCUCAUCGCGAUUUUGCGCAAAUUGAUCAAAGCCCUUCCGCGCCGACGGCCAGUCUUUAUGAUCCUCGACGGGAUCAAUUACUACGAGACGCACGAAUUCGGCUGGGAGACGAAGCGCCUCGUCAAGAAGCUCGUCAAGCUGCUGGGGGCUGGAGGAGCGCUGUACAAAUUGUUGAUCACGAGUACCAGCCGCGUUCUCGACAUCGGCGAGUAUUUUGAGAAUGACGAGAAACACUAUGUGCCCGUGAAACCGACACCGCGGGGGGUCGGGGCUGCGAAUCAACAGCUGAAACGGAGAUUCACUUUUGGGCGGUCGGCCAAGAGUCAAUAA